UAUGGAAGUGCACUGAACAUUGGCCAGAUUCAGGCUUCAAGUGUCUUGUUUAAUUAAUCAUGUUUCAUCAACAUGUGUCAGGAGGAUACCCGGAAUGCAGGGGUGGAGUGUGUGGAGACUGAACAUGCAAAGGCUGCACAUUCCCAAGCUGUUGGCUCAAGCUGAGCAUUUUAACUCAAGGAUUGUAGCUCUGUAGCACCUUGUUCACCAUGACUCGUCGCUCGUCCGCGCUCUUGGUGAUGGCUGUGUGCCUGGCCCUCUUUGGUCUUGCCAGCAUGGCAUUCGUCUCUGCCCCAGAAGCCGCCCUUCGCGGUGAGACUGCGCUGACUGCACCAAAGGACCGAGCAGCCCAAGCAGCAGCUAUCUCGGCUGCAGUGUUGACCGUCCCAGAGAUUGCGCAUGCUGGCAACUCUGGCUAUGCAUUGCUGCAGCUCGGCUGGGCUAUUUUCAUCAUCUCCUUGGGCCCUGCAGUGCUCUUCUGGAUCUACUUCAACAAGCCGGAGCUGCUUUGAGCACCUGCCUCCGUCCCGAUUUUUGAAGUCCAGGGAAUCAAGCCUGGAUUCCGAAAACGCAAACCCAUUGAGACACGCUG